AUGGAUGAAUAUAAUAAUUUAGAUUUAAAUAAUUAUCUAAACAACCCUAAUAACAAUCCUAAUCCUAUUGACAAACAUCGCAAGAGAUCUUCAAAAGCCUGCUUACACUGCCGCAAAAUUAAAUCAAAAUGCUCACGACCGAACAACGCUGCAGAUGGCCCUUGUGAAAAUUGCCUAAAUGCCAGAGUUGAGUGCAUCUUCCAAGGUGCAACUAAAAAGAGAGGCCCUCCUAAAGGCUAUAUAGACAGCUUAUCUGAUAAGCUUGGCAGGUUAGAGGUGGUCUUGGCUAAUCUCAUUGAAUUACCCGGUUCAACGCACGUUAUCAAUUCAAUCACACAAAAUGACCCAAUUACAAAGGAUAUUGUACAGGGAGUUCUGGGUGCUGGUUUGACUGGUUCUGGGGGUUUCGGGGGCUCUGCUCAUUCUGCUUCUUCUGGCCCUUCUGCUCCCUCGGGUCCUUCUCCCACUCUCCCCGCUGACUCUAGCUACAUACAAUCCACCCACACUCAAAGAAGACGUUUAGACGACUACCCUUCUUUCCCCAACCACUCCACGCAACUUCCCUCUAUCACCCACAUCGAUGACUCCAUCGCUGACUCCAUCGGUCAGCUUUCCAUCGAUGAAAACGAAAAUAUUCGCUACCAUGGUAAAGCUUCCGGCCUUCACCUCAUCACAAACAAUAGGCGCCACCAACAAGGCAUUUGGAAUUUCCCUGCUCCCGGCAUCUGGCCAGCCAGCCAUGAACUUAAAAAGCUCAGUCAAACCGAGGUGGUCGAGUUGAGUGGUGCCAAGCUAUGUCUCCCUGACAUGCAAGUCCAGGAAAAGCUAAUCGAACUCUACUUCUCUUACGUCCAUCCUGUUCUCCCCAUCAUCCACAAAUCCUGGUUUUUGCAAAAUUUCAAUCUGUCUCAGCAAUCGUCUCCUCACAACCCAGACGUCCCCGACGAAUCCUUCCCCACUCUCCUCCUUCUCUGUGUAUUCGGUGUGGCUUCUCGUUACAGCGCUGUCAACAACCCCGACUACCCUGCUCUCUGGGCAGCCGGUACCUUAUACAUAGAGCGAGCGAGAGAAAUCACCCACCUCGAUCACCCAAACUCGCGUCUCUCCAGCGUACAAGCAUUCCUACUUCUCACUUACAGGAGUGUUGGUUUGGGUGAUAUGAAGAGUGCAUGGAUGUUCCUCGGACACGCUGUGCGCAUGGCUGAAGACUUAGGCUUGCACAGAGACGUCAGUCAUUUCCACCCUAACGGACGCAUUCGCUUGAGUGACGUUGAAGUAGAAGCACGGAAGCGGACAUGGCACGGCUGUGUUAUUCUCGACACGUACAUCUCCUCCUACAUCGGCAGACCGACGGCUAUACGUGGGAGAGAUUACGACACGCGCGAGUGCAAAGAAGAUGAGAUAGAGGAGACCGAAGCCUGGAUGCCGAUCGAAGCGCAUGUGACGUGCAGUCGAGAUGCGUGCGAUCUAAAUGACCAGGACCAUCCGUUUAAUUGGACAGUUCCACAGACGAGCUAUGCUUUGUCAUGUUUCAAUCACUUCAGCCGACUAUCAGCGCUCGAGAACAGCAUACUCGAGCACUGCUACUCGAUCAAGCACGGUAGCGGAGACAGUAUAGGGAUGCUCUCAGAGCUGCACCAGCGCGUCGAUCAGUGGUCCAUCGAUCUCCCACGCCAUCUCAAAUACACUGCAUCCUCGCAGCACCUUCCUCCUCCGCACGUCCUCACGCUACACACUGCUUUCCAUUGCACUCUCAUCCUACUCCACCGCCCUUACGUCACCACUCCAUCGCCUUACCCUUCGCACCAGAUUAUGAGCAUGGCGGCUAACUCCAUUACCUCUAUUGUCAACUCGCUUAACACGCGACACGACUUUCUCAACAAAGCUCCCAGUCUUCUUAUAUACCACAUCUUCACUGCGGGUAUUACUCACUGCUUCAACCUCCAGUAUCCAGAUAUCGCUCCAGUUGCGCGGCGCAACUUGCGAAGAACGAUGGAAGCGCUCAAGGCUAUGGUGAUCACAUGGCCAGCUGCUGGCCGGGCGUACGACAUGCUAAUGGAUGUGUACGACAUACAGCGGGCGGAGGAUGAAGAGGGUGAGCGUGAGGGUGAGCAUGGAGAAUCAUCACACGAACACGCACAUGCACCCGGCCCACGCGGCAUCAAGCGGAUGCUGAUGGAGAGUGCCGAGGCACAGGGCGUGCCUAUCGGCGUCGGCUGGAAUGACGUCUUCCCGUGCCCUACCGAACCUAUACAGCCGCAGGUGCCGAAUAGACAUCCUGGCGUGAAUGUAUUGAGUAGUGAACUGUCGGAUAUUACGGCUGAUGGGAUCUUUCCUUCGCCUUAUUUUAUGGGUCUGGAAGAGACUCAAGGGGAGACGUCGGGGGUGGUGUCGGGGUCAGGGUCUCAGCCAGUAAUGCAGCCACACUCACACUCUCAUUCACACCCUAAUACACACACACACGCACAAUCACGUCCUUCUCCACCCGUUAUGCACCUCCCCAAUGUACAGCAUUUGCAGCAUGUCCAGCACCUUUCUCAUACUCCCCACACUCCACACACUCCUCACCUCCCAGUCACCCACCCAACACACUUGGGCCAGCUCCACUAUUCUCACGCUCCAGCCCCAAUGCGCAGUCAAGGCGCUCAGCUCUAUGGCGACUCAGCGUGGCAGCUGUGA